UAACGGAGGGUUAACAGAGUAUUAACUUGAGAAGCACGCGUUGAGCCGGUUUAUUCGAAUUUUGGAAGGUUCCUUCGCCGGUUCGUUCUCCGCCAAUUGCCUAUCAAAAGUCGGUGUCAAAGGUUAGCAAUAAAGUUUGACGCAGUAGGAUCUUCUAUGAAUAAGUUGUGUUACGCACUAGUUUUGAAGGUUUUCAUGUGAAUUUUAUUGCCGGGCUUGAUUUCUUCAUAUUAUGGCAAUGCUCUUGAGGACUAGAAGUAGAAAGGUUGCCCUAGGGCUUAGAGUAGUUUCUAUAGUUUCCGUGACUCUAACUUAUGUGCUAAUUGGUGUUUUAUCUAGAGGAAGACUUAAUAUUGGAACAGAUGAUAGUCAUCAUGCAUUCUCAACUGGUCGUCAUCUUUUGGCGGUGAAAAACUUCACGAACACUACGAGAACCUGCAAUCCACCAGCAAUAAACGAAUUUCCACCUGAUGGAUUCACGAGGGAAGAUCGUCAAAACGGAUGGGCCGUCAUACACGCCUUAUUGGCUUGCUAUUGUUUUGUCCUGCUGGCAAUAGUGUGCGAUGACUACUUCGUUCCAGCAAUAAAGAAAAUCUGUGAUAGUUUAAAUAUGAAGCCAGACAUAGCCGGUGCCACUUUUAUGGCCACUGCAAGUUCUAGCCCAGAGUUGUUCAUCAAUUGCGUUGGUACUUUCGUUACGGAGGGGGACUUGGGGGUUGGUACCGUUGUCGGAUCAGCAGUAUUCAAUAUUCUAGCAGUACCUGCGUGUUGUGGCCUUUUUGCGAAUAUGGUCUUGGAAGUAGAUUGGUGGCCAAUUAGUCGUGAUAGCUUGAUGUAUGGAAUCUCAGUGAUUUCCUUGAUUGCAGUAUUACAAGACGGGAGGAUUUACUUCCACGAAGCUUUAACAUUAGUUCUACUUUACUCGUUAUAUAUAUUCUUGAUGUGUUUCAACAAUAAACUGAAUCGAACCGCCAGUAAAUGCGUUGCUAAAUUCAAAAAGAGGAAUUACUACGUUGAAGUCUUGAGUGAAACCCAUCCUUUAUUGUUUCAUAAGAAUGGGAAAUACGAGGCAGUACAAGAAAUUCUGGAAAAUGAUCUCACACUAGAGGAUUGCGAAAAAUUAGAAGAGUCAACCAAAAUCUGGGAAUGGCCAAAGGAGCAGACAACAAAAGGGAAAUUCUGGUGGGUAAUCACCUGGCCGAUAUCCUUUAUCCUUUAUUUGUCCAUACCGGAUUGUCGAAAAUUCCCGAAAUUAUUCAUUGCGACCUUCAUGAUGUGCAUUUUCUGGAUAGGAUCCACUUCCUACAUGGUAGCUUGGUUGAUAACAGUCAUAGGUGAUACUCUUGAUAUUCCUGAUUCAGUUAUGGGGCUGACAUUCCUUGCGGCUGGAACUAGCGUUCCUGAAGCUGUCUCCAGUGUCAUAGUUGCGAAACAAGGUCACGGUACAAUGGGCCUGAGCAGUUCAAUAGGCUCUAAUACCUUCGAUAUUUUGCUGUGCCUUGGUAUACCGUGGAUGAUCAAAACUUUCUACCCAAAAAUCCCUGGAAACAACUGGAUACAGAUCAACUCGUCGGGGAUAAAUUUCAGUGCAUUUGCUUUGUUUUCCACGCUCAUUUUGCUGUAUUUGAGCAUCGCACUGAACAAAUUUAAAUUAGACUGGAAAGUUGGUCUCACGUGUCUGCUGAUGUACAUAGGGUUCUUGAUAUUCGCCUCGCUCUUGGAGAUGAAUGUAUUCUUCCCAGUGAAUUUACCAACCUGCAAUCGGUGAUAGGACCGUUUAUUCAUUUUAUCUGAUGACGGGCGUGCGAAACACCGUUCCCAGUUUUCAGAGCUCUCCAUUUCCCAGAAGCCAGCAAUGUGAAUUGCCAUCAAAUUUACUCUUGUUUCCAUAAAUGAUGUAAGAGGAGAACAUUGUUGACGCGUAAAGAAAGUGUUUGAAAAUUGCAAUUUUCCAUAGCGAAAAUCAAAAGAACGUUUGAACAGGUUGGUUUGGUUUUGACAAAAGACAUAUAUGGUUAUUCACAGUAAGAAUGAUAGGAGGGGUUUGGAAUUGAUUCCAUUAGCGAGAUGGAUUUACCGAUUUCAUCGUGAGAUUUUCACUAAUUUUGCAUUAGCUACUUCAGGCCAAUUCAAUACCACUUUUGGUUAGUUGUAGUCUUCAGAAGUUUAUUAUACAAAUCCUCCAGGUUCACAUUUUAUUGUGUUUCAAAUCUGCAUAUUAUUCACCAUUGGAAACAAUGUUCAUGACUAUUUUUCGUAAGUUACAAUUUCAAUUUUGCUUAUAAUGCUCCAGUAGAUUCUGGAUUGGAUCCUUCGAGAGGAACAGCAAAUAGCUGUUGGAUCAACGAUGGAUUGAAAACAUCUACAAGCUCUUGUUGAAUUUCAAUCUCACAUGAAUGAAAUCAGUUUCAUCCCAGAAAUCACAUGGAUUGAUAGAAGUCUAUGGAUUAGUCCCCUCGGUCACCCGACCUAAUUCUUUUUUGAUUCUUUGUAUGGCAAUUCAAAAUCCGAGCCACUCAACUAAUAUUGCCUGCGUAAUUCAUACUAUAUUGAAGCAUCUCUCAAAUUUUUCACUGGAUCACCUUGAAUACUCCCAAUCGCAAUGAAAAAAUAAUUGAAAUAAUAAUAACAUUGAUGAACGGUCUUUAUUUUACUUGGCGGAAUCACCAGUUCUGGCUAAUCUUUCUAGUAAACCAAGUUUCGAUAAAAUGAAUACAAUAAUGAUUUUCAGGUAUUUGCGAAAAAACUCAACCAAACGAAAACCACUCUAAUAUUCUUCUUUUUGUUUUUUUUUUAAUUUAUAUCUUGAAGAUAAUGAACAAAAAUAUUUUUAUAUGUUCAAACAACUCUAUCAAUAAUUGUUUUUUCAUACACCACAAAAAUAUCUCUCCCAAAAUGUUAUUGAUAUAUAAGCGAAUGGCAAUGAUAAUACAGAACUGAUUUGUAGAUAUUUUGUUAAUGUUCUAAAAUAUUUUUCUUAUCUGUGUUUAUUGAAAUGAUAAACAAAGAAUGUACUUAUGUAAGAAUUUUAAUUUGCAAUAAAAUAUUACUGUGA